UCUGAACAUUUAAGUUGUGAGACACAUACUUGCUAUAGGAUACGACGCGCCUCAAAAAACGAAAUAAAGAAAUUAUAUUUUUGUAUGGAUUGCUUUGAUAAAAAGAUACUGGUCAAAAACAUGAAACAAUUAACAUUCAAGAUAUGCGUAUACGUGUUAUUGAGCCUCAAUGUUGUGAUAUUUUUCUCACAACUGCAUUUUAACUCGUGGAAUUCACUAAAUUUAAAUUGGGAAAGACGGAUACAAAGUUUAGACAAUGGUAGUGACGUCGGGAGCACAGAAGGCACGCCAAGGUUCUUAACGACGACAGAGGCUUCAGAUACGGUGACAGUACGGUCAACAGGUUGUAAAACCAAACCCAGGGUCAAGCUAAAUUUGAAUGCCGAUGACGUCAUUGUGUUCCUGCACAUCCAGAAGACAGGCGGCAUGCACCUGAGACGUUUAUUGGUUAGCUGGAUACAGGACGUACCAGAGUGCAGGUGCUCUGGGUUGUGCGUCUGCCAGACCGGAAACAACGUCACGUGGCUGGCGGCCUGGUUUAUUCGAGGCUUCACGUGCGGGCUGCACGCGGAUUGGACGGAGCUGACCGAGUGUGUGGAUACGUGGCUUAGGUCGGUAGAGCCUCAAAGGUCACACCGGAACUACCAUUACAUAACCUACCUACGAGAUCCAGUCAACCGUUUCAUCAGUGAGUGGAUGCACGUCAGACGUGGCGCCUACUGGCCCAAAGAAUACCUGUGUAACGGUAGAAACGCCACACCCAGUGAGCUGCCCAGGUGUGCUGGGGGAGGGCCGUGGCGUGACGUCACAUUUGACGAGUUCGUCGGUUGCAGCCAUAACCUCGCUUUUAACCGCAUGACCAGAAUGCUGGCUAACCUGUCUUUGGUCAACUGCUACAACAGAACUGGACUCUCCAAAGACUUCGUGGACAAGACUCUACUCAACAGCGCCAAGGAAAAUCUGCGGGCCAUGGAGUUCUUUGGCCUAACAGAGGAGCAGGAAAAAUCUCAGUUUUUGUUUGAGGUCACGUUUGGUGUGUUGCUGGCCAAACGAAUCAUGAAUGAUGAAUUUACCAGAGCGUCACAUAUUGAUGUCAAUCACACAAUGUUGUCAGUCAUUAAAGAACACAACGACCUAGACAUUGAACUUUAUAAGUAUGCUCGGGGAUUGUUUACACAGAGAGUGAUGGAGGCGGAGUCGAGGGUUGGUUGUAAUGCGAGUGUUUACUUACACAGUAGAUUUCCUGAUGAGUAA